AUGGAGUUUGACAUUGGAUCCGGCAUGGGCUACCUCAUCGACCUCUCGGAUAUCGACGGCGCGGACGAAAGCAAGCUACGGGCUCUCGCGUCCAAUAUAUAUGAUGCCUGCACCAAAGUCGGGUUCUUCUACAUCAAGAACCAUGGCAUUCCCAAGGAGUCCGUGGCCGCGAUCAAGAGCGAAGCUGAACGAUUCUUCAAGGGCCUUCCCGAGGAGAAGAAGAUGGAGCUCGACCGUGAAAAGAGCGAAUACCAUCUAGGCUAUGGCCCUUUCGAAGACGACCGAAAGGGUGGCCAGAAAGCUCAUCCAUACGAGAGUGUCCUUAUUGGCCGCGAGGUGGCUUGGGACACAGAAUAUGUUGGCAAAGUCGACCCCAAGCACGACGCCAUCAACCUGCUUCCAAAAGAGGAGGAUCUUCCAGGCCACAGGGCUGUCGUGGGGAAAUAUUUUGGCGAGAUGCUGGUGCUUAGCCGCAAGCUGGCCAGGAUCUUUGCUUUGUCCUUGGAGCUGCCCAUGCAUUUCUUCGAUGACAAGAUGGAAAAGCCGGGCGCCUUGUUAGGUCUCAACUACUAUGCUCCUAAGGGACAGCAAAGACCGGAUGUCAACUCGGCUAUCCUAGCACAUACCGACCACGAGCUGUUUACCAUCCUAUUGCAGUCGGAUGGCAUUAAUGCCCUUGAAGUGGUCAAUGGACAGGGUAUUUGGGUACCUGCGAAGCCGUUUCCAGACACAUUUGUUGUCAACAUUGGCGACGCUUUGUCCAUUUGGACAAACAAUGUCUUCUUGUCAACACUGCACCGAGCCACUAAUACUACCGGUGGGGAGCGCUACUCUAUUCCCUUCUUCUUUGGUCCAGACUACGACGCUGUGAUGGAGACUCUUCCGUCUUGCAUUUCAGAGACACGGCCAAUGAUAUACAAACCAGUAACGCAAGCCGAGCAUUAUCUGGCGAAGAUGAACACCGCAUAUGGCGCUAGCACCCUCGUGGCUGCUUGA